UCUUGGUCUAGGGCCUCCCAAUUGCCCCCCAGUAUGCCCAGUUUCCUCUCCCUGCUGCUCCUAGUAUACCCCUAUCUUCUUCCAGCGCCCCUUGGUAUGUUUGGUUCCACCCGCAAUGUGCCCUAGUUCCUUGUCCCAGUAUUCCCAGUGUCGCCCAGUCCCCCACUUGCAACAUAGCCCUGUUCUCCCCUAGUGUGUCCCAAACCCCUGCUGUGUGCCAGUGCCCGCUCCCAGUGUGUCCCAGUGACCUGAGUAGGUUCCAGUUCACCCCCUGCCCACACACUGUGUCCCGUGACCCCCAGUAUUUCCCAGUGUGGCCCACUCCCCACCCCCUGUACGUCCCAGUUGUGUCCCAGUCGCCGCGGCCGCCUCGCUGGCAGGGGUCGCUGUCUCCGCCCAAGGCGCCGCUCUUGCUUCCCCCCCCCCCCCCCGACCCCUCCGCGGGCAGGAAGUGACGUUUCCUGGCUCUUCGCCUCUCGCUAGCCGCAGCGGUCACAGGAGCGCUCAGCAGGGCCGUUCUUCCCGCUCUGUCUCUAUGGUUGAACCUCCUGGAAGGCGGAGCUGUGGCGUCCUUCCCCGCCACGUGACCGAAACGGCCGUGUGACGUCACGGAGUUUGCGGAAGUGCGCGGGAGAGACCGGGAGACGCGGAAGGAUCGGGACCCCGCUGCCAUCAUGGAUUUGCUGUUCGGGCGCCGGAAGACGCCAGAGGAGCUGCUGCGGCAGAACCAGCGAGCGCUGGCCCGGGCCAUGCGGGAGCUGGACCGUGAGCGCCAGAAGCUGGAGACGCAGGAGAAAAAGAUCAUCGUCGACAUCAAGAAGAUGGCCAAGCAGGGGCAGAUGGAUGCGGUGAAGAUCAUGGCGAAGGACCUAGUGCGAACGCGGCGCUAUGUGAAGAAGUUCAUCACUAUGCGGGCCAAUGUGCAAGCUGUGUCCCUCAAAAUCCAGACCCUCAAGUCCAACAACUCCAUGGCCCAGGCCAUGAAAGGUGUCACAAAAGCUAUGGCCACCAUGAACCGGCAGCUGAAGCUGCCGCAGAUCCAGAAGAUCAUGAUGGAGUUUGAGAAGCAAGCGGAGAUCAUGGACAUGAAGGAGGAACUGAUGAAUGACGCCAUUGAUGAUGCCAUGGGAGAUGAGGAUGAUGAGGAGGAGAGCGCUGCCCCCGCCGGGGGGGUCGCUGGCAGCGGGAGAGGGGCGGGCGCCCGAGGCUGCGGCCGCGUUGGCCGACGCCGACGCCGACCUGGAGGAGCGGCUGAAGAACCUGCGCCGGGACUGACCUCCAGCCUCCGACCCUGGGCCGUGAUCCAUGGUGACCUCCGACCCUGCUCCCUCGCAGCCCACGGCGACCUGCGGCCCCGGGGUUGACCCAUGGCGACCUGCGACGCUGGGUUGAUCCCCAGUGACCUGUGACCCCGGGGCUGACCCCGAGUAACCUAUGAUCCUUGGGCUGUCCCGUGGCAAUGUGUGACCCCAGAGUUGACCCCCAGUGAACUGUGACCCUGUGGCUGCCCCCUGGUGACCUGGAACCCCAGGGUUGACCCCCCUGCGACCCCGGGGCUACACUACAGUGACCUCCGACCCUGUGCGAUCCGCAGCACCCUGCAAUCCCUGCCCCGACCCCAUGGCGACCUCCGACCCUGCCCCGGAGCCACCAGCAGUGACCUGCGACCCCUGACCCUUUCAGCUCUCUGGUGACUCUCGGCCCCAGGACUGACCUCUGACCAUGGCCUUGACCUGUGGUGACCUGUUCUCCAAACAGGCCCCCUGGGGCUGACCCUAAUGACCCUUGACCCUGCCCUUUGUGGCCGGGGGGGAGGGGCAAUCAAAGACACACUACGGGGCCUUGCCUCCCAUGAGCGUGUUUGCCCCCCCCCCCGGGGGUAUUUGCCCUCCUCCGGGGUAUUUGCCUCCUCUUGGGGUAUUUGUGUCCCCCCCCAGGGGUAUUUCCUCCCGUGAGGUAUCUGUUGCACUUCUCUGGGGUAUUUUCCCAGUUUUUGGGGGGCAUUUGCCCCUUACCCAAGGAUAUUUGCUCUGUUCUCUGGGUAAUUUUCCUCCUGUUGGGGUAUUUUUACCCCCGGGGGAUACUUAACCCCUUCUUUGGGUUAUUUGCCCUCUCUUGGGGUAUUUGUUUUCUCCAGGGCAGUUGAGCCCACCAUGGGGGCAAUAAAGGCCACAAGUUCUUA